AUGUCUACUCUCCAGCCCCCCACGCACAGCUCCUAUUUUGAGCAACAGCGUGCAGAGCUGCUGAGAGAUAUUUCUUUGAGCUUUGAGCAAGUCCUCCAAAAUAUUAAUCGGCUGAAUCGUAAUUUAGAAAGUGUAAUUACUGUUGGCAACGAGUUUUCUUCUGUAGAGGCCUUAUGGUCGCAGUUCGAAAAUGUCAUGGGAAAGGACUCCGAGGAGCCUGCGGAUACCCAGGAAAGCCAUCACCGUGAGGAAGGAAGUGGUAAGAAGACUCAGGAGCAAGAAGGUCGUGGUCGGGACGAUGAAAAGCAAGGCAGAUAG